AAAAUACCAUUGUGUAGUGGUGAAAUUGUAAAUUGUGCAGGCCUUUGUUGAUCAUAAAGGAGCAACAUUUUAUUAAAAAAGGAUAAUUCGAUUACUGUGAAAAGAAUAUAACGAAUUUUAAUUGCAAAUCAUAUUUGGUGCUUAAUAAUACAAACAUUUUGCAAGCUAAUAUAGUCGAAUAUUCCCAGGAAUUAGAGCUUUUUGUUCUAGGCCAUUGUCAUUGUCAACAUUGCUACCAUUUUAGCUGCUGACUAAUUUAAUUUCAUUGUCAACCACUUCUAACGCGAAAAAUGGAUGAUAAGCAUCAGAAAAUAAUAAAAGAAAACAUUAACAAACUUGUACAGCACACUGAAUUGAAGCCUCUACUUCAAGCUUGUAGGAGGGAGGGUUUACUUUCCCAGCAAAUGGUUUGUAAUCUUCACUUGGAUUCUAAAAGUAUGGUAGAUAUUGGAGGAUCACAAACUUUAGAUCAAAUUAUGCACAAAAAACUUUUUGACAAAAUUACUCACCGAGGUCCGGAAGCAUUCGAAAAAUUGAAGCAAAUUCUUAAAGAUUUAGACAAUGUUGAAGCGCUUCAAGUUUUGGAAAGACAGAGAGAAUUUAACGGUAUCAGAGAAUAUCGCCAGAAUUUGCCACAACCUAUGCAAAGUAUUACAGAGAAACCAAUUGAAUUAAUUCCAGCGCAGGCGACUGACAUACCUGAUAGCGUGCACACAAGGGUUGAUGAAAAUUCUCCAUCUAGCUUAACAGGGUUCUUGGAAUCAGUUGAUCCAAAAGUAAAAUAUGAAGUUACAAAAGCCAACCAUAUCAGUACAUGUGAACGAAUUGGAACGUAUAAAAUGCAGUCGAAUCAAAACCGAGGAGUCCUUUUAAUAGCCAAUUACAUAGAAUUUGAGACUGAUUAUCGCAAUGGUGCCUCAAAUGAUAGUGAUAUACUCGUAUAUGUGUUCAGACAAUUGGGCUUUAAAAUAUACCGAACCACAGAUGGUACUCAAAAGGGAUUUUUCGAUUUACUGGAAACGUUGUUAAAGUCGGAUGUUACACUUAAAACAGAAUCUUUUGUCUUAGCAUUUAUGAGUCAUGGCGAACUCAACGAUAAAAAUGAAGAAAUCGUGCUAUUUAGUGAUAAAUCGGUCGUAAAAGUGCAAGAAGUCAUUGAUCGUUUUUCCAACCGAAGAUGUCCCAAUUUAAUGCAAAAACCAAAGGUUCUUAUAUUUCCGUUUUGUCGUGGUUCUAUGCAAGACAAGGGAAUAAAAGCCAAAACAGAGACUGAUACCAUUCCUUUUACUUCAAAUGAGAAACGCAAUCCAGAGUUGUCGGAUUUACUAAUUUGCUACGCCACUAAUAAGGGAUUUAAAUCUUAUAGAGAUCCGGUUACAGGUUCUUGGUACAUUCAGAGACUUUGUAAGGCAAUAGCUGAACAUGCGCAUGAUACACAUUUUGAGGAUAUAUUAAAAAUUGUACAGAGAAACAUAAGUGAAAUCUGUUCUGAAAACGGAAGUAUACAAAUGGGAAAUUUCCGUAAUAUUGGUUUUAAUUACAAAUUAUUUUUUAAUCCUGGUUAUUCGCAGGAGUAGCAAGAAGCAAAUAUAAAUGUAACUGCUACAUACCUACUAUAAGUAUAAAUUUUGAUA